GUGUGUGUGUGUGCGUGUGUACUAGAGAAAUGAGAGAAAGAAAGCGAGUCAGAUGGAUGCAGAAGAGUCUCUUUUUGAGAGUUUGAUGACAUUUGUGUUCGCAUAUGGGAAAAGAUGAACUCCUGGCAGUGAGACUGAAGGGGGCGGGACCGGCAUGGCGGCCAAGAUUCUGAAGUAUGCAGUGCUUCCUGCUGCUGUGGUGGGUUUGGGCUCACUCAGAAUUUAUUCCAUGAAUGAGAAAAAAAACGAGGAGCUAAUAUCUCCAAGAGAGUUAUCUAUCUACUCCCCAGAUGCUCCUGCUGUGCAGUUUGUGGAAGAGCAGCCUGGAGUAGUGCAGACAGGGCUGGGGACCGUGAGGGUGGGCCUGCAGUCGUAUGUCAGAGCUGUGCAGAGCGCCUUCACUUCAGUCAAAGUAGGAGUGAUAUCUGUUUACCAGGCCGGGCAAGACACGUAUCACUUCCUUCGAGAUCCACCCCCUGGCUUCCUGCCUAGAGUGGGUGUCAUCGGUGUGUCCGGUUUGGGUGGCCUGAUUCUGGCACGCAAGGGCUCUCGUUUAAAGAGGAUUGUCGUGCCUCUUGGACUGGCUACUGCUGGUACUGCAGUAUGUUACCCCACGCAGACUGUAGCAGUCCUGAAGAUCACAGGUAAAAAGGUGUAUACUGUCAGUUCAUCUGUUGCUUCAAUGUUGAAAUCCAAACCAAAGGAAGAUGUCAUCAUGCCUGCUGUUAGUGUGGAGUCUGCUGCUACAGUAACGAGCCCAGAUACAGAAUCACCCGUUAAGGCACUUUCUGAACUCUCACCCGAGUUUGAGCCGGCCCCUGCUGUUUCAGAUGAGGAAGUUACACCAAUAUCCAAAGCUGAAUCAGUGGAGUUAUCCUCACUAGCUGAUAUUGUAUCAAAAGAUGCUGUAGAACCUCCUUCUAUUGUUGAUUUAACAACUGGAAUUGCUUCCCCACUCUCUGAACCUGAAUCUCCCCCUGCUCUUAAGACUGCCCCAGUUACAGAAACUUCCCCUGAACCUGUUGAUGGUACAGUCCGAGAUGCAGAAUCCACCCCUGAAUCUACCCUGGAGCCUGUUGCUGAAACUGUCAAAGAAAGCACCCCUGAGCCCCCUCUUCCAGAGCCUGUGGUCAAAACUGCCCUAGAAGCACCAGCUGCUGACUGUAUUGUAGACACUGCUUCUGAGCCAACACUUUCCGCUGAAACAGAUGUUACUUCUCUUGCGGAGUCUGAUCCUGAAAUUGUCCCAGAAUCUGCCCCUGCUAGUCCAGAACUUGAAGACCCUGUACCUACAGUUGUUAUAGAAGAGGCUACGCCCUCAACUACAUCUACAAUAGAGGAAACCACACCCCCUGAACCCAUCCUUCCUGAAGAAGCCACCCCAACCACAGUAGAUGACGAACCUGCUUCUGUUUCCCCGCCCCUGGCUGAAGAAGCUAUUCCUCUGACUCCUCCCCCAGCUGAAGAGGCCCCGCUUUCAUCUGAACCUCCUGUAGUUGAGCCAGCCACAGUGAAGUCACGUUUUGUUCCUGACCCUUCUCUGCUUGAUCAUGGCCAGUCUAAUCCAGAGGACGCAGACAUGUACAGCACACGGAGCUGAAUGAGCAACAGAGUAACAGUGCAGCAGAGAGAAAGUUGGAAAUGAUGAGAUGUUUUAAUGUGCCAUGUUUCCAGCAGAGUUUAAACAUUUUGUAAUUAGGUUUUACCAAUUAUGUGAUGUGGUAAAGAAGGUAAUUCUAUGUUUCUUUCUUUCUGUGAUGGUUCACUCUUAUUCUUACCUCAGCAGGGAAAUCAAACACACACAAGGCCACAUUUCUGUGUUAGCACAUGUUGUCUACACAUAGUAGCUUUUUCUCAGUGUAACACUAUGAAGAAAAAUCCAGGGUUACAGUAUUUUAAUAAAAAGCCUGUGGUCCCUUA